UGGGACCAGCAGUCGGUGGCACACAGAUCUGGGACGCAGCAGAUCGGGAGGGACCAUAAAGGCGGCUGCAAGGAAGAAGGAGAAGAAGGACGAGGAGGAGAAGAAGAAGAAGGAGAAGAAGAAGAAGAAGAGGGAUUUUCGUGGGAGCGCUUCGGUUGAAUAAUCUUACACAAGACAGAGCCUCGAGAAAGAUGAAUUCUUUCAUCCUGCUGUCGCUUUUUGCCACGGUUAUCGUCGGGAAGUCACCUCGGCUGAAAUUUGUUGUGCACGAGCUCUCCAGGUUCCACUUCAUCAAACCCGAGAACUACAUCAGCAUGUACCAUCAGGAAGGGAGCGACACGCUGUACGUGGGUGGCCAGGCGAUGAUCUAUGUGCUGACGUUCACCGACAGAGGGGUCCGCGACCUGCAGAUCCCAGCGGCAUCUGAUCAGACUGCAAUUGAUACCUGCAAGGCGAAGGCUGCGCCACUCGAGCUGGAGUGUGAUAAUUUCAUCACAGUCAUUCAGAAAGUAAACGACACGUUCAUAGUAUGCGGGACAAAUGCUGGGAGCCCGAGGUGCUGGAUGCUGGUAAAUGACACUGUGCUGACUGACGUCCAGGGCAACGGGCAGAUAGCGGCGGCCUCUGACAUCUCACCGCCCUACCCUUCCCAGAGGUCCAUCAGCGUGCCUGCAGAUGGGAAUCUGUAUUCUGCUAUGUCGUCGGUGCGAGGUCACGCCGGCUCGAUCCGGCGUACGUUUGGCACCCAGAAACUCCUGAAGUCGGAGAACAUUUGGCUGCUGAAUCCACAGUUUGCUGGCGCUGCCAUAAUCCCGUCUUCGCUAAAGUUCAAGGAGGAGAUCUACUUCUUCUUCAGUGAGCUCAACAAGACUGCCAGAGUGGAUGAGGAGCCGUACAGGGCCCGCAUUGGUCGAAUCUGCACAGUGGAUGAAGGGGGCAUUAAAAGCCUGCUGGCAGACUCGUGGACCACCUUCAUGAAGGCCCGGGUGAUGUGUGGCACGGGCAACACUCAGCAGCAGUACAACAACAUGAAGCAGGCCGUGGUGCUGACAGCGCAGGACAAGAGGGCCGGGGUCAUGUACGGCCUGUUUUCCAACGCAUGGGGCAGAACUGUGAUCUGCGCUUACUCCAUUGAAGAUAUUGAUCAAGCCUUCUCCACAAGCAAACUGAAGGGCUACAGCAGUCCGUUCAUUGGCAGUCGCCCUGGAAUGUGUGUCCGCAAGAACUCGACAGCAGGAGGUCAAAAUGACAUCAAAAACCUGGGGGUGAUCAGAUACUACCCAGAAAUUGAGGAUGUGAUCCGGCCCGUCGGUGUGGCUCCACUUGACCUCCCCACAGACGACCAGAUCACACACACCGUGGCGGACAUCGUGCUGGCGGUCAAUGAUGAGCACUACAGCGUCCUGUACCUCGGAACAGAUCAAGGUAAAGUUCUCAAAGUUCUUCACACCAGCGAGGGAGUCUUCAUCAUAUCCCAGUAUUCUCUGUUUCACAACGAGGGUCCCGUUCUAAACAUGGCCAUCGACUCCCAGAAGGGACACCUGUAUGUCGGCACGGCGAUGGAGGUCCAGCGACUGCCGCUGGCUGACUGCGGUCGCUAUGGCGACACAUGCAGGGAGUGCAUUCUUUCCCGGGAUCCGUACUGCGGCUGGGACAGAGCCAGGAGGAAGUGCAUCGCCAUCCCGCCUGGAUACAACGUCUCAUCUGGGGCGCUCAUUCAGAAUCUGGACCAUUCGAACUCCUCGGUUUGCGGGGAAGCUGCUGCUCUGAAGCAGCGUCGAACUUCACCCAGAGAAGUGAUGGUGCAGUCCAACACCUCCGUCUUUCUCCCCUGCCCUGUGCGCUCCUUCCACGCCACCUACCGCUGGGAGAAGGAUAACUGCUUCAAGAACUACCCCUGCCUCUUCGCCGGGGACUUCUGCGUCCUGGGGCCGAUCGUCGACACGCCCCUCAAGGACGGCGUCUUCCGCUGCAUGGCCACCGAGGACGGAUUCAAGGUGGAGGUUAUCUCCUUCAGGCUGGUGAACGAUGGCAGGCUCCUGGCCGCCUCCCUGGCCUCCACCUUGGGGCCGUCGCUCCUGCUCGCCGUGGCUACUCUGUGGCUCCAUUAACUGCAGCUAACGCUAAUGCUAACCCCUCAUCCUUACUGGCUCCCAAUGACAGGAAAGACGAGGAGCCGCUGUUAGGAGGUUAGGUUCGCAGAGCAUUGAAGUACAUGGUUGGGUUGUACAGUGCCAAUUCAUCUUUUUUCAAUUUUUAGAGAGAGUCCAGCAAAUGUCAGUGAAUGAUUUUAGCAUAAAGCAACAUUCAGUAUCUGCAGCUGCAGCGGUCUUAACAAGAGCAGAACUGAAAAAUACAUACGUUAUUUUAAUCAAACUAAAGUGACUAGGAGUUGCUGUCCAUGAAUUAACAUAUCUUGCGAGUUUGAACUCGAUUCAACCAUAAUUAGGUGCUUUGCAAACCUUUCCUCUGACUCCAAAAGAUAAACAUAUCCAAUGAGUUGGGCAAAAAAAACCACCAAUACCAGGCCAAUUCUUUUUACCAUUUCUCUACUUCUUUUAAAACUGACUUGAUUGUGCUUAUUUGUGAAUACGUAAAACUUUAAUACCACUUCUCCAUCUUCAUCGUUCACCUUGUUAAACUUUGUUGGUAUAGCUCAUUAGUACUAAGAAAAAAAAUGUCUGGUAUUGAGAUUUAAAAAGCCUUAACACUUCUGGGACAUAAACUCCUAAGCACAAUUUUGCAGUCGAGGCAGAAUACUGCAGACUCGGGUGGACUUGGCGCUAUAAUUAGUGCAGCUGAGUCUGAGAACAUCACUGGGAGGAAGUGUCAGCUUUUUGACAGGAAGUAGGCGGAUGGGCAAGAGCUCAUCCUCGAACAUCACUGUGUCUCAGCACCUCCUCCUCAGACGAGGCAGUUUCUUGCAUCUUUUUAUCAGAUGGUAUCAGACAUUGUUGUUAGGCCUUGUUCACAGCUUCGUCCGUUGUUGUUGUUUUUUUUUUUUUCCUUAAUACAUGCCAUCGUCUCUCCUUCCUCCCCAAAUCAUCAGAGCAAAACACUCACUUUUACCGGGUGUGAAAAACACAACAUCGCCCACAACUUCUUUGGACAAAAAGUUAGUUAAUGUUAAGCGUCACCGCCCUCAGAAUCUUAAACAUAAAACCAUUAAAAACUUACACUAUUCUCUUUAAAUCUACAUGAAAGUUUAAAUCUGUUCUGGUUCUUUUAUUGUGGAGGGACGGUGGUAACAAGCAUUGAUUACUUUUCUUAUUCUGGGUACAUGGUCAUGUUUUUUGGGGAAGAGAGCGGACAGCAACAAAGACGAGCCAAUUUGCUGCGAAUGUCAUCUGAUUGCUGUCAGACCCAACAAUGCAUAAAGAUGUGAACAAGGUGUUACGCUAUAGCAGUUUCAAUUAACACAUACUUACAUCGUCACAGGGGGCAGAUGAAGCUAAAUGGAAUCGCAUAGUAGAGUUGCAUUUCAUAGUUUGCCAGGAGAAAGAAAAGAAAAAAGAAAACAAAAAAAAGGCUUGUAAUUAGGUCAGUGAAGUAUGUUCUGUAUUUUAUUGCUCUGCAGAUGCUGAUUUCUACCAUUGCUGCCUACGUUCGUGACGGUUUGUCUUGAUGGUUUGGGUUUUUAAUGCCAUAGUUAGAACGUGAUAUGUAAACACUGACUGCUUUGCCUCUUCCCCCCAC